AGGACCUUCUUGGCAUCAAGGGAGGCUCCCAAAGUGAGUGACUCCCCUUUUUCCCUGCACUUUGCUCCAGGCACCUGCUCCUCACUCGGUCACACCUUUCCCAAGAGCAUCAUCCCCCAGUUUCCUCUUCCAGCUGCUGGAAUAAACCAAGGAAUCAACCCCAUUUUGCUGCUUUUCAGGGCUGCCCACGUGUCUGACUCAGCUUUCUGUGUUUCAGUUCUCGGUGUGAGACCCCCUUUCUCUGAGCCAGAAUUCUCCCACGUGUGCCCAGACAACUGGCCUGGUUUCCAAGGAAAAUGUUAUUAUUUUUCUGAGCCUGAGGGCAACUGGACCACAGGCCGGGAAAGGUGUGAGGCCCUGGGAGCUUCACUGGCCACCAUAAGCACAAGGGCUGAACUGGCCUUCCUUCUGCGCUAUAAAGGCGAAGCAAACCACUGGAUCGGGCUGGGAAUGAGGGAUAAGGGCUGGGAGUGGAUCAAUGGCACGGCCUUGAACGGCAGGUUUGAGGUGAGGGGUGUGGGGCCCUGCGGGUACCUCGAUGACUGGUGGAUCAGCUCGUCCCUGUGCCACACGGAGAAGAACUGGAUCUGCAGCCUCCCCGACGACUAUGAACUCUGGAAGGGGAAAAUAGGAGACCCCAAACCAAGACUUUCAGCCUAAAUGUCUGACCAGAUGAAAGAGCUUCACCCCAGCACUGCAACUGAAAUUUUCGGGGUGAAUACAAAAAAUCAGGUAAAUGGAACUGGUGCUAUCCCCCAUCCUUUGGACCUUUUGAGCAGCACAAGUGUGGUUUGCACCACAGAAAACUUGCUCAAAAGGUUCGCACAAAUGCAACUGGUAUUUAUACAA